AUGCAUUUUUAUAAAAGAAUAAAACAUUAUAGAAAUAUUUUAAUCCAAUGUAAUAAAUCAAAUCGUAAUAUAACAUAUGGAGAAAAUGACACGCUUUUCUUUAAAGAGAUAUUAUAUGUGAAUUACCACAUCUACAAAAGUUAUAUACAUACAAAAGGGAAUGUAAUACAAGUGGAACGAAAAGAAAAUGUUGAUAUGAAUAAUAUAAAUAAUAAAGAUGAUAUAUUUUAUAAGAAUGAUAAAAAAAUAAAAAACAUAGAAUAUGAAAAGAAUUUCACCACAUAUGAAAAUAUAGAAAACUCUUAUAUUCACAAUGAUGGAUUUGUUAAUAUAAAUGACCCAAAGGAUAAAAUAGAAAAUCUACUAUUGGUUAGUAAAAAGUUAUAUAAUAAAAAUUACAGUUAUAAUAAAUCAUUGUGUAAUCACAAACCAAUAACAUUAAAUAAUAUAGUCUUGAAUAUACUUUCUAUAAUAAAUGGAAACAAUAAUAACAUUAAUAUUAAUAGUAAUAGUAAUAAAGAUAUUUAUAUUGAUAAAGUCCUUCUUUUAGAUUUUUAUAAUCUAUUAAUUAAAAGAAAAUAUUAUAUACAUAAUUUAAAAAAUAAUAUUUAUAAUAAUUCUUUUAUGAAUAUUUUUGAUUAUAUUCAUUAUAAUAUUAACUUACAUUUAAAAAAUUAUAAUUUGAAAAAUACUCAUCAAGUGCUACAUAAUAUAUCGAUAUAUAUACAUAAAAAUAAAUGUAAUAAUAUCACACAUGAACUUGUUAAGAAUAUUUUCUUCUUUUCAUUUUUUAAAAACUUUAAUAAAUUCUAUCCAAAAAAAGAAGAAAAAAAAUAUAUUAAUGAAAGUGAACAAAAUUUUCAUAAUUAUCCUAAUCAAAAAUAUUAUAAUAAAUAUAAAAGUUUUCAUGAAGAAACCUUUUCAUAUUUAAAUACAUAUGUUGUUUUUUUAUCUAAUCAUCCUUCUUUUAUUAAUGAUAAAUUAUUGUAUAAUAUUUCUCUCUUAGCAAAUAAAAUUUUACAACUUAAAAUAAACUUUAAACUAGCACUAUCCUUCCUUUCAGCUAGCUUAAAUAUAUUCGAAAAGCAACAAAAAAAAAUAAAGGAAGGACACCUUAUUUUGAACAUAUAUAAAAAAAAAACCAAUUAUGAUAUUUUAUAUUCUCUAAUACAACAACAUAAUGAAAUGUUUGAGAAAAGAAUAGCUCAUGGGUUGGAUCAUCAGGGUUAUGAUAACGCCGAAGAAAAAAAAAAAAAAAUGACAACUCUAAAUGUAAGUAGACAAAAUGAAAAUAUUCAUAGUAUGAAUGAACCAAAUCAAAAUAUUCAUAGUAUGGAUGAACCAAAUCAUAAUAUUAAUAUUGUUAGUAGAAAAAACUUAGACAUAUUGUCUAAUGAAAGAAAAAAAAAAUAUAUGAUAUGCACAAAUCAUGCUACAAAUAAUAGACAUAUUAAAAAUAGUUACUCUCAUAAUUUUGGAUUUCUAAAAAAUGAUUAUAUAAACUUAUGGAAUUAUUCCCAUAUAAUUAAUAUAAUAAAAAUAUUACAAAUGAAUAAAUUUGUAUCCCCCAAUUAUAAUAUAAAAACAGAAGAAUGUGUAAAAACAUUUUUAAAAUAUAUGUUUGAUUAUUUAUCAAUAUAUUACGACGAAUUAAUUAUAAUGACACAAAAUGAAUUGAAUAGUUUUAUUUCUAUAUAUGUGAAUUUAUCAAUAAUAUUAGAUCAGUUGAGAAAUUAUAAAGAUGAUAUAUGUUCUCUUAUUAUUUGUUUUUUAAUUAAUUCUUAUAAACGUAUAUAUAUAUAUUACAACAGUUUACAUAUAAAUAUGAUGAUUAAUUUAAUAAAAGGUAUAUAUCAUCAAAUAUAUAUAUAUUCCAAAAUAUUUGAAGAUAAUAAUUUAUUUUUUGAUCAAUUUAAAGAAGAAUUAAUAAUAUUAUGUAAUAAUAUAAACACAAGUGAUAUAAUAUCAUUAAAUUAUAACAAUAUGUAUGAAUUAAUAAAUACACAUAUGAUAUAUUUGUCAUCAAAUAUAUGUAACACUAUUUUUGAUCAUCCAUUUAAAGAAAAUAAAUAUAUACCAUUCAAUAAAUUAAUAACAAUUAUUCAUUAUUUACAUAAAAUGAACAAAAUAUGUAUUUCUUAUGAUAAUACAAUAAAUAUAUUUCAACAAGAUAUAUUAAAAUUUAUAAAAAAAUGUGAGAAUAUAUUUUUAUCAAACAACGAUAAUUUUUAUGAUGAAAAUUUAUCCAAUCAUCAUAUAUUAAUAUUAAUUAAUAUAUAUAUAUAUUAUUAUUAUUAUUAUAAAACUUCUAUACACUCUCCAUUUUUAUAUAAAUGUCUACAAUAUUUAAGCAAAAAAAAUGAUCUAACUUUGUUUAUGAAUGAAACGGAAAUUAUUAUGUACCUCAACAUAUUGAAUAAACUUAAAGAAAUAAAAAUAAAUAAUAUAAAUGAAAAAUUUAAAAAUAAUGCCAAUUAUUUAGGACAAAUAAAACAAAAUGUAUUAAAUAAUGGAAAUAUAAAUAAUAUAUAUGAAAUGAUUGAUAAUUAUGAAUCUAAUAAUAUAUACGAAACAAAUAAUAAUUCUGUAAUAACAUCAUUAUAUUAUAAUAAUAAUACAUCGCAUUUAAUUUUAAAUACUCCUAAAAAUAUAUAUGAAGAAAAAAAAAAAAAUAAAGACUUAUUGAAUCUUAAUUUAUAUGAUGAAAUGUUAGAAAGCUAUAUGAAUAAAAUAAUGGAUAACCUUUUUUUUUCUUCUUCUUUCAUACAAUAUAAUAAUAAAAUGUGGGAAGAAAGUAAAAAGAACAAAACAAUAAAUAAUAUAAAUGAUAUUAUAAAAAUUGAUGACAAUAAAAAGGAUGAAAGAAUAAAUAUAUAUAACACAUAUACAUCAUCAUCAUUAUCUAAAUGUAGUAAGUUCCCUUUUAAUAUUCAUCAUUUCAAAAAAUAUUCUAUAAAUACUUAUUUUUUGGUUUAUGAAAAUAUAUUUUCAUAUAACAAAAAAAUUGAUAAAGAGGUAAUAGAAAAAAUAUGGGUCAUUUUAAAUAACAUAAUAAAAUAUAAACAAAAUGUGUUAACAGAAGAAAAUUUCUUUUUUAUUAUUUCUGCAUUAUUAAAAGCUCAAAAUUUUGAACAUGAAAUAUAUAAAAUGUACUAUGAAUAUAUGAAAAAAUACGCUUCUUCUAUAAAUAUAAAAUAUAUAUUUCUUAUUAUGAAAAGAAUUUUUGAAGAUACUCCAUACAUAAAAUAUCAAGAUGAUACAUCAUCUUGUAUUCAUAAAGAUAAUAACAUAUUAAAUAAUUGUGUAACAAAAUAUAAUAUAGGAUCAUCAUAUUGUUAUAAUAUAAAAAAUGAUAAAUAUUAUAUAUUAAAUGAUAUAAUAAAAUUAUCAGAAGAAAUUAUAUUAUCUCAUGUAAAUUAUAUUAAACAUUUUACGUUUUUUAAAGAAAUACUACAUACUUAUAUGAAAAAAAAUAUAUAUAUAAAAUGUUGCUUAUUAUAUCAACCACAUUUCAAUGAUUUUAUAUUAAAUUAUUUUAAUAAAUUUCUAACCUAUAAGCACUUACAUAGAAAUGUUCUAGUUUUUUUAAUAAAUAGUAUUUCAUCCUUUUAUUAUACUCUUAAUAAUAAUUAUUCAUCAUACAUAAUAAGAAAUAACAACAUACAAAUCAAAUGUGAAGAUAGAAUUAAAGAGAAAAAAAAUAAAGAAUACAACCAAAAAAAAGAUAACGAAAAUUUAAUAGAGCAUUAUGAAGAUAUAAAUUUAUCUGAUGAGGAAAAAAUUAAAACAGAUGAUAAUAAAGAUAUAAAACUUGUAAAUAAAUAUAAAAAUGAUCAUCAUUCAAAAAUAUUUUCUUUAUCUCAUUUAGAUCAAAUACAUUUAAAUAUACAACUAAACAAAGAAAAUAUAAUACUUACAAAAGAUAAAACAAAUCAAACUAAUAUAUGUUCUAAUGUGUUGUUAACAUAUCCUUCAAAUGAUAUAACAUUAUAUAAUUAUUAUAUUGAUAUAAAAAUGGAGUUAUUAAAAAAAUUCAAUAUUUUUCUUCAUACUUUAUAUAUGAACGAAAUAAAAAACAAAAGUCCUCAUGAAAUAAAAUUAUCAAGUAUGAAUAUAAUAGAUAUAUUUGUUUCAUUAAAAAAUGUAAAAAUAAGAAAUGAAGACAUUAUGUAUAUAUUAAGUCAAAAAUAUAUUAUGGAUAUAUUUUUUCAUAAUAAUAAAGUAAAAUUAGAAUAUCAAAUAAAAUUUCUUAAUUCUCUUAUAUUUCUUGAUUAUAUAAAAGAAGCUGAUUCAUUAUUUAAAACUUUUUUUUUAAAAAAAAAUAAAAUAAAUAAUAUACAAAAAGAAGAAAAGAAGGCACAAAAUUAUUAUAAUCUUUUAUAUAUUCAUUUUUUAAAAAUACCCAUAAAAAAUUGUAUAAACAUUCCAAAUAUAUCAUCAUAUAUAUUAAAUUUUAUAUCUAUAUAUGAUUAUUUUGAAAAAAAAGAUCAAUAUGUAAUAUAUAAAAAAUUAUUAUAUUUCCUUGAAGAAUAUUUACAAUUACAUAAUAAAAUAAAUUUAAUGAAUUCACUUGAUAAACGUAAUAUUAUUCUUAUAACCUUAUUAUUAUACAUUUCAUCAUCACCUCUUAAUAUAUCAUCCAUGUCAUUACAAACAUUACGUAUAUUUUAUUAUUAUAUUAUAGAGUUCAAUUAUUUUUAUAAGAACAACAUAACAAAUUCAUCUGCAACACAUGAUGAUAUUUUUAAACUUGUUGUAUCAUGUGUAAGAAAACAUUCUCUCUCUGUUCAUAUAUCGAAUGAAAUAAAUAUGCACUGUUUUGACCUUGACAUGCUUUUAUAUGUGAAAUAA